GCGGGCGCCGGGGGAGCAGGGCGAGGUGGCGCGCGGAGGGCCGGGAAUGCCCGCGGCGCGGGGCCCGAGCCGCCCGGUGGCCGCGUCCGGGCGAUGGCUCUCCGUCUGGUCUCCGACUUCGACCUGCGGAAGGACGUGCUCCCGCGGCUGCGGUCGCAGCGGGCGGCAUCAGUGGCCGCCGGGGUCCGAGGCGGCGGCCCAGAUGCUGGAGGCGCGCGUGUUUUGGAAAAUAAUUAUGAGAGCUUACGUAUACUAAAUGUUGAAAGAAAUGGAAAUAUUAUUUAUACCUACAAGGAUGAUAAGGGAAAUGUCUUCUUUGGAUUAUAUGACUGCCGAACCAGACAAAAUGAGCAUCUCUAUACAUUUGAGAAAGACUUGCACGUUGUCAGUUGCUCUGUCAAUAGUGAGAGAACUUUGCUUGCGGCAAGUUUAGUUCAUUUUACUAAAGAAGGAAGAAAGAACGAGCUUCAACCAGGAUCAAAGUGUUUAACUUUGUUGGUUGAAAUCCACCCUGUAAACAACGUGAAGGUUCUAAAAGCCGUGGAUAGCUACAUUUGGGUGCAGUUUCUCUACCCACAUGUGGAAAGUCGCCCUCUUGCAGAGAACCAUCUGUUACUGAUUUCAGAAGAGAAAUAUAUUGAAAAGUUUCAUAUCCAAGUCAUCCAAGAAGAUGGAAAUAGAGUGGUACUUAAAGACUCUGGCCAUCUCCCAAGAGAGAGGGUAGCUGAGGAUUUUGUUUGGGCUCAAUGGGAUAUGUCAGAGCAGAGAUUAUACUACAUUGACCCGAAGAUAUCAAGGAGUGUCUUAAAAUGCAUCCAGUUUUCUGCUGAUGGGAAGUUUAACUUAAUGUUCGAAGCACCCUUGGAUAUAACAUUAAGUGACUCGGGAUUUAAACUUGUAAACUUUGGAUGUGAUGAUCUUCAAGACCAAAAGAACUUAUCCAAACACCUGACCCUGUGCGUUUUUACCAACCAUACAGGGACUUUGUGUGUAUGUUACAGUCCGAAGUUUGACUCUUGGGAAAAAAUCACGUAUUCAGUGUUUUACUUUCAUAAAGGGCACAGCAAGACCUUCAGUGCUGCUCUAGGGAGUGUAGACUCACAUGUGACUAAGGGCCUUACUUUUCUCAACCUUGAAUAUUAUGUGGCUGUUUACUUACCUGGUCAUUUCUUUCAUUUACUUAACAUUCAACAUCCGGACCUGAUCUGCCACAGUUUAUUUCUGACAGGAAACAAUGAAGUGGUUGAUAUGCUACCUCAUAGCCCUUUACAGUCACUAUCAGGGUCCCUGGUACUGGAUUGGUGUUCUGGAAAGCUCUAUAGGGCAGUCCUCAACCAGUCCUAUUUAUUACAGUUCCUAUGGAACACUCAGCUAGACUGUGAGAAGAUGGCCGUGUUGCACUGUGUCCUCUCCUGUGGCCGAGACCCCCAGUUCCUGGAAGCCAAGCUUAUUCAGUGGAUUUCUGAGAAUGUCUCUGCCUGCCAUUCGUUUGACCUCAUUCAGGAAUUUAUAAUUGCUUCUUCAUAUUGGAGCAUAUAUCCAGAGACAAGUAACAUGGAUAAACUUUUGCCAUAUUCCUCAGUGUUCGCUUGGGAUACAGAAAUUCCUGGAAUAACCCUUGUGACGGAAGAGAUCCCAUUGCCUUUCAUGAAGGUGCACAGCUUUAAGGGCUACUGGGAAAAACUGAACUCCAACCUAGAAUACGUGAAGUACUCCAAGCCACGCCUGCUGUAUGACAACAGCAUGGUCCGGAAAGAAUGGCACAGCCUGAUCUCAGAAGAGAAAACUGGAAGAAGAAGGUCCAUGGUGUACAUGAGGAAUAUUCGUGAAAAUGCAAUGAAGGUGAUUUCUAACCUAGAAGCAAGGAAUUUGGAGCCAAGAUUAACACCCCUCUUCCAGGAGGAAGACAACCACCAGAGGCUGCUGAUGGGGUUGAUGGUGUCUGAGCUAAAAGACCAUCUUUUGAGACACCUACAGGGUAUAGAAAAGAAGAAAAUUGAACAGAUGGUUCUGGACUACGUUUCAAAACUGCUGGAUCUCAUUUGCCAAAUCCUGGAAACCAGCUGGAGGAAACACCAUCUUCACCCCCGGCUUCUCCACUGCGGCAGGCGGGCCAGUGCUGCUGAAUUUACAGUCUUUCACCUCAUGACCAGGAUUCUGGAAGCUACUAGGACUUUGUUUUUACCUCUGCCUCCUGGUUUUCACACUCUGCAUACGAUGCUCGGCGUCCACUGCCUCCCUUUGCAUAACCUGCUGCAUUACUUCGAUAACGGAGUGUUGCUUCUCACUGAAACAGCCGUCACGAGGCUCAUGAAGGAUCUGGACAAUUCAGAGAAAAAUGAAAAGCUAAAAUUCAGCAUCAUUGUGCGGCUUCCCCCGCUUAUUGGUCAGAAGAUCUGUCGCCUUUGGGAUCAUCCUAUGAGUUCUAACAUUAUUUCCCGGAACCACGUGAGGGUACUGCUGCUGAACUAUAAGAAACAGCCCCGGAGUUCUAUGAUUGACAAGUCGCCAGGCAGUGUGGAGUUCCUGCCUCUGAACUACUUCAUUGAAAUACUGGCAGAUAUAGAAUCUUCCAAUCGAGCUCUGUUAGCUUUUGAAGGACAUGACAAUGUGGAUGCAAAAUUUGUGGAGGAAGCAGCUCUGAAACACACCACGAUGCUCUUAGGCUUGUAAAAAAGAACGUGCAGUUGUAUCCACUCCCGAUGUUUCAGUCUUGCUCAUUAGCUUGACUUCCGUCAAGAGUCCUUUACCAAUAUUUACAAUUGGUAACCCAAAUCAGAAUACAUUGUUAAGCCAUCUGAAUUUCAGUCUGGUACUCGUUCAGACAGAAUUAAACUACUAUACCUCACCCUGGCUUUCAAAAGCAGACAAGCCGUCAAGUGGACAGGGGUGACAGAACGGUCUGAGAAGCAUGACGUGUCCUCAGGGGUGACUUCGCAGCUUAUCUUCCUAGUGGCUUAUCUUCCUAAUGACUUCAUAGGCCCAAAGUGACUUUAUACUCACUUUUGCACUCUGAAAUAAAAUAUGCUUUAAAAAAAUGUAGGGGACAGUGCUUAGAAGAACAAAAACUAGAUGUGUCAUUGAAGAUA